AUGUUCUUCACAUUACAUUUAAAUGUUAAAUCCUUGACUACUUUAGAUAUCACAUUAAAUUCUUAUUCGCGCCCCGACAACAUCUUCUCGCCGGUUUGGAACCAAAAUAAGGAAAAGGAUAUUCUCUAUGUAUGCACCGGACCUUCUUUCAACUCCGCCCAAAGUCUGGACAUCUGCGCCAUCCCCGAAGUGUCCCGUGGCGCAAAACAUCGUAUACAGCUAACAAGAGUUUCCAACAACGCCUUCCCAUCCACCAAUCCAGCUGGGACGAAAUUAGUAUUUCGAUCUACGAGAAACGGAGGGGAUAAGAAAUACAAGAACCUAUACAUAAUGGAGAAUGCAGAAUUAGGCGAAUAUGGGGAUGGCAUAAUAACAAGGCUAACAAAUGGGGCUUGGACUGACACACAUUGCCAAUGGUCCCCAAGGGGAGAUUGGAUAGUCUUUUCUUCAACCCGCGACAAGCCAGACGAUGCACCGGAAAGUGACAAUGGUCUUGACCCAGGAUACUUUGCGGUAUUUCUAGUGAAGGCGAAUGAUCCGUCAGUGGUGGUAAGAGUGUUAGGAAGUGAUAGUGAUCUUGCAGGGCAUGUCAACCAUCCGUUCUUUAGUCCGGACGGAAAGAGCAUUGUUGUGACUGCGGAUCUUGCUGCGGUGUCUGUGGAUCCUAUCUCUUUGCCUAUUUUCGUGCACUCUGUGAGGCCUUAUGGCGAUAUUUUCAUUAUCGACAUCGACCCGGAUGACAUAAACAAGAAUAAGGACGUGGAGAAGUUCAAUCGCAUCACGCAUAGUAGAUACGAGAAUUCGACUGCUAGUUGGACCCCCUUCUCGACUCAAGACCCGAACGCAGCAUGGAACCUGCAUUUCGACAGAGUCUACAUUCCGGCAUGCCCUUAUGCGCAAUGCGAUGGAGGCGAAAGUUGGCACAUGACCGGCCACCUUUGCAUCCCAAAACGAUGUUGCUGA